GAGGGGAGGGGGAGGGACUCUUCAGGGAAUUGGGGACCCCUCGGUUUUAUUUGGGGUCCCCUGUCCCUGCUGCGGCGGUUGAAGUCGGUGGAAGCGUAGCUGGAGGGGACUGGGAGGUGCUGGGAAUUAUUAUUGGGGGAACAUAGCGGGAAGAGAGAGCGAGGGAAUGGGCUGGGAGCGACUGGGAGCACUGGGAACUGGGAGGUGCUGGGAGGGAGCACUGGUGGGAUUAAGGGGCACUGGGAAUACUGUGAAGACAAGGACGCAGCCGUGGAAAUAGAUCGUGGGACACUGGGAGGGUACUGGGAGCACUGGGAGGGCAGCCCAGGUAAGUGACCUGAACUGGCCACAGUGUGGUCACACUUUGGUUACUGGGGAGACUGGGAGGCACUGGGAGCAAUGAGGGCUGAGCUUUUGGGGGUGUCUCAGGGGCUCCCUUGUCCCAGCCAUCCCUGAAUUUUGGCUCAUUUGGAAAGGUGUUGGGAAAAGGCCAAAGGGCAGCCAUGGGGUUGGCAUUCCGGCCUUGAGAUCGACAUUCCAGCCACAGAUUUUGGAUUUGGGAGCAUCCCAGACUUCAGUCCUCAAUCUGCCUUUGCUGGGCUUAGAGAACAAAUCCCUGUUCCCUCCUUGUCCCAUCAAAUCCCAGUUGUCCCAACUGGGGACCCUUGGAGUUUUAGUUGUUCAUUGUUUUAUUAGGAAUUAAUGAAAAGUUGGGAAUGGGGAGCUCUGGAGAAGAUCCUAGUCAGGACAAGCCUGAGGGAUGGUGGGUUAGGAAGUGCUCUGUGUUUUUUUUUUUUUUUUGUUUGUUUUUUUGUUUGGUUUUUUUUGGUUUUUUUUUGGUCAGUCAAUGAAAUCAUCCCAGGAGUUUUCCUUGCUGACUUUUCCUUUUAGGAAAGACACAUCUGACUGCUCAGAGCAAGCCAAUGGACCUUCCCAAAUGGAGGCUCUUUCCUUGGAGUCUGCCAGCAGGGAAGCCUAUUUCAGCAGAGUGGAAACAUUCACCAUAUCCUUUGGGAUGCUUCAAAUUCCACCUUGGAAUUGUGGUGGAAAGGGAUCCUGAGGGAUCGUUGAUCCAAUCCUUGGCCUUGCACAGACAUCCCAAAAUUCCACCCUGUCCCUAAGAGGUGUCCAAACGCUUCUUGGGCUUUCCCAGGGGAAUGUUCAGUGCCCCAGCACCCUCUGGGGGAAGAGCCUUUUCCUAAUAUCCUGCCUUUUCCUAAUAUCCUGCCUUUUCCUAAUAUCCUGCCUUUUCCUGAAAUUCCAGCCUCUUCCUAAUAUCCUGCCUUUUCCUAAUAUCCUGCCUUUUCCUAAAAUCCAACAUUUUCCUAAUAUCCUGCCUUUUCCUAAAAUCCAAACUUUCCAAAAUUCCAACCUUUUCCUGGAAUUCCAGUCUCUUCCUAAAAUCCUGCCUCUUCCUAAUAUCCUACCUCUUCCUAAUAUCCUCCCUUUUCCUAAAAUCCAACCUUUCCAUAAAUCUAACCUUUUCCUGAAAUUCUUACAUUUUCCUAAAUUCCAAGCUCUUCCUGAAAUCCAGCCUCUUCCUAAAAUCCAACCUUCUCCUGAAAUUCUUACCACUUCCUAAAAUCCAGCCUCUUCCUAAAAUCCCAUCUUUUCCUAAAAUCCCCCUGGCACAGCUCCAGCCGUUCCCUGUGUUCUUGCCCUGCUCCUUGCCCCUCUGCUUCCCUUCCUGAAGAAGCCACAGCCCUUUCUGAGCUCUCCCUCUCUCGGAAUCUUUUCCCCACCCCCAAAAAACCCCCGGGAAUUUUUGGCGCUGGCUCCUUGACGGGCUCACCCCCUGAAGUGGGCGGGCAAGCCGCACUCGCUGUCGCCUCUGGUGUGUGCCAGGUUUGGCUGGGUCAACGUGGAGUGUGACAUACUGAGGUGCUCCAGCUGCCAGGCCUACCUGUGCAUGAGCCUGCAGCUCGCCUUCGACCUCAGCAACUACAAGGAACGCUGUGAGGAGCUCAGGAAGGCCCUGAGCACUGCCCAUGAGAAGUUCUGCUUCUGGCCAGACAGCCCCUGCCCAGAUCGCUUUGCCAGGCUGCUGGUGGAUGAGCCCAGAGUCCUUCUCCAGGAUUUCCUGGAUCGCUUCCAGAGUCUGUGUCAGCUGGAGCUGCAGCUGCCCUCCCUCAGACCAGAAGACCUGAAAAACAUGUCCCUGACAGAGGAAAGGAUCACUCGGCUCCUCCAGCUCAUCGAGGAGGAGCUGGAGCACAAAGGAACAGAGGGAGAGAAGGCUCCUGGGAAGUUUUCCACGGAAAUCCUGCAGGUGCACGUUCCUGCCUGUAUCCUGGCGCUGUGCGGCUGGACCUGCAGCAGUGCUACCUCUGGCUCCAUGAACCUCUCUGUGAUCACCUGUUCCCACUGCAUGAGGAAGGUGGGGCUGUGGGGUUUCCAGCAGCUGGAAUCUGCUGCAGCUCCAGAGCUGGAUUCCUGUGGCUCCAGCAGCACCACCCCAGCUGCUCCUGAGCGCUUCCCGCCUGUUCCCACAUCCCCACGCAGGAUGCUGACACGGAGCCAGGAUCCAGGAUCUGAUCAGCAGCAGGAGAAGAGCCCAUCCCCAGCUGUGUCCCGCCCACGGGGUUGGGAUUCUCCCAACUCUAUGGAGAGGGGCGAGUUGGAUGUAACCAGCCCUGCUCUGAGGAGCCGCCCCGUGACCAGAAGCAUGGGACAAGGGGACAACAUGGAGGUGCCAUCCAGUCCUGUGCGCAGGGCCAAGCGGGCACGGCUCUGCUCUUCCAGCAGUUCGGACACUUCCUUGAGGAGCUUCUUUCACCCCAGCUCUCAGCACCGCGACUGGUGUCCCUGGGUCAGCACCGGGGAGGGAGAGGAGUCCCUGGAAGAUGAUGCAUCCCAGAUGGAGAAGGAGCCUGGGAAGGCCAAGCCAGGCUGGGAAGUGGUGCUGAAAAGGCUCCUUGGCAUCCAAAAAUGUGACGCAGUUCCCGAAACGGAGCCGGUGAGUCUCUCGGAGAAGUCCUGCAAGGUGUUCCGUAUUUUCCGGCAGUGGGAGAGCAUGAAUUCCUCCUGAGCAGGCCUCUGGAAACCAGCAUGGGGCAUCAUGAGAGAUCCAAACCUCUCGGUGGUUCCUGCAGCAGCUCUGUGCCCAGGGAAGGGGAUCCGAGGAAGCUCUGCUCAAAUGGAGCCCCGGCCACGCUGGGAUCCCCCUUCCCUGACUGCCUUGCUGAACCCCUGCCUUCACAAAAUGCUGCUGUGUCCCUCAGCUCCGAGGGCUGGACAGCCCUGCCCGGAGCUGGGAUGUGCCGCGGACACUUGGGGUGACGAGGGGACAUCGUCCCCUCCCGCGGUGUCUGGCCGUGUCCCACCGCCUGCAGCGCAUGGAAUUGAUGCCAGGUGGGAAUAAACAUUUCAUUUUUGUUGUU